AUGGCCCAAAUUCGUGGCACUGCGGGCUACAACCUCGGCCACCAGAACCCGUUUGGCGGGCCCGGUAGCGCAGAUGCCACCAGCGACCCAAGUCCACUGGACACAAUUCGCGAGCAAACAAGCAAGAUUGAGGACUGGUUGGACACCUUGGCCGAUCCAGUGAAGCCCUACCUUCCCGCUGUCGGCCGAUUCCUGAUCGUAGUCACCUUCAUCGAAGACUCGCUGCGCAUUCUCACACAAUGGAACGAUCAGCUCCUCUACCUCCGUGAUUUCCGCAAGAUUCCCUGGGGAAUCACGCACACCUUCCUUAUCGCUAAUGUCAUUGCUAUGGCCGUUUGUUCGACUCUGGUCAUCGCCCGCAAACGCACUGAGUUCGCCGUCGCGGGAUUGCUCGGCGUCGUCAUUACACAGGGUCUUGGAUACGGUCUCAUCUUCGACUUGAACUUCUUCCUUCGCAAUCUGAGUGUUGUGGGUGGUUUGCUUAUGGUCCUAUCCGAUUCGUGGGUGCGCAAGAAGUUCGUUCCCGCCGGUCUGCCCCAGCUUGAUGAGAAGGACCGCAAGAUGUACGUCCAGUUCGCUGGUCGUGUGUUGCUGAUCUUCCUCUUCGUUGGAUUCGUUUUCUCCGGCGAGUGGAGCUUCUGGCGCAUUCUGGUCAGCUUGUUCGGUCUUGUCGCUUGUGUCAUGGUCAUUGUUGGCUUCAAGGCCAAGUGGAGCGCUAUCAUUCUUGUUGUCAUCCUGAGUCUGUUCAACGUGUUUGUGAACAACUUCUGGACGCUGCAUGCCCACCACCCCCAGAAGGACUUCGCCAAGUACGACUUCUUCCAAAUCUUGUCGAUUGUUGGUGGCUUGGUCCUACUCGUCAACAUGGGCCCCGGCCAAUUGAGCAUGGACGAGAAGAAGAAGGUCUACUAG